GCGAACCGAAACAUUUCCCUCUUACUCCUCUGCGCCUCCACUUUCCCGUCCUCUUCAAACUUCUUCACCAGCACCCUAGGGUUUAGGGUUUCUCUCGUCUUAAUCAGGAAAGAUAAACAUAAAGGAGAGGGGCGCAGAGAAAGCCGAAGAAGAAGAAAAGGAAGCCCUGCACAUGGUCGAGAAAGUUGUGGUCGGAGCCGUGGACGGCAUGGCCGAAGAAACGCAAUGCAGAGACCACCCAGAUCGAACUAACCCUAGCGGUAUAUGUCCCUCCUGCCUUCAAGAAAAGCUUCGAAAGCUCAUCUCCUCAUCCAAAUCCUCCGACCCGUUGUUCUGUAAACCCCCUCCUUCCUCUUCGUCUUCCCCUCCUUCCUUCCCCUCCUUUAAGACCGCCUUCCCCGCCUCUCGAAAGAAGAGCUUCUGGUCUUUCCUUACCACCUCCUCUUUCGCCAGGCGCAGAUCUAUCGAGUAUCGGUCGGAUAAGGACGAUGAUGAGGUCUCCGCUUCCUAUGACCGGAAACUAUCCAGAUCCAGGUCCGUGGGAUGCGGGAGUCGGAGCUUCUCUGCCGACUUCCUUCAACGGAUCUCGAAUGGGCUUGGAGACUGCGCUCUGAGGCGAACGGAGUCGCACCGGGAGGCAAAGGCGAAGCUCUCCUGCGAUAAGAAUGGCGAGCAGAGGAGGAUUAAGGAGCAUGUGAAGUGCGGUGGAAUGUUUGGUGGUCUUGGCGCGAUACCGUCCACGUCGUAUUGGUUCUCCGCUGCUGAGGAUUCGGGUGAUUUUGAAGAGUUUGGGCGUUUGCAAGCAGUGAAAAGGGGUGGCCGGAGUAAAAGUUGGGGUUGGGUUUUUGCGAGCCCAGUGAGAGCUUUUAAGGCCGCUUCCGCCGGCGGUCUACCGGCCAUCGGUCCCGACGGUGGCCGUAGCGGUGACGCUAAUCGAUCCAUUGUAGGCUUGUAGCAAUUCCAGGCUUGUAACGCUCUGUUCUUGUUCACUUUAAUUUAAAAUCCCACAAUUUUACCAUGUUGUUAUUUUGUGAUUUAUAUGAUUCGAG